CGCCUCCUCCCCACCACCCUUCCUGCGGCCAGGGCAAGGGAGCAGCAACCAGACGGGGAGUGAGGGAACACCUGAGCCGCUGCCCUGGCCAUGGGCAAUCAUCCUGGUAAGGCUCAACCACCUAGAGAAAAUGCAGAGGAAAUAGCAGCGAAGGAGAAGCAAAAGAAAUCCAUCCAAUUACGGGUCAUCAUAGAGGAAACUGAUGAAACUGAAGUGAAGGAACAAGAAAAGUCUCCACUCUCGUCGCCUUCAACAAAGAAGAAAGAGAAGCCUACUAAUCAAGGACCGGAAGCCAGUGUCAUAAGGAUCCAGGCCUGGUGGCGGGGCACCCUGGUGCGCAGGACGCUGCUGCACGCGGCCCUCCAAGCCUGCAUCAUCCAGUGCUGGUGGAGGCUGGUGCAGGCGAAGCUGCUGGAGCAGCGGCGGCGGAUGGUGCUGGAAUACCAUGCGUGGCAAGUGUGGGCAGUGGUCAAAUUGCAGUCCUUUUUCCGCAUGUGGCGCAUCCGCAGGCACUACUGCCGUUUGCUCCACGCCGCCCGCAUCAUCCAGGCCUACUGGCGCUGGCGUAACUGCCAAACCCGGGGUUUUCUCCGUGGUAAGUACAAAGUCACAUCAAGCCAGCUGGUACUUGAGAUUGAGAUCUUUCUGGGAUCACAAAUCUGUCGGUUUACAGACUGUAUCCCCUUCCCAAUAAAGAACUGAUCUGGUCUGCUCCAAUGCUGUGUCACCAGA